CUCUAUCCCUAAUCCUGUCUAUGUGGUUCAAACAGCGUAAAACAAUUCCUUUAAAUUGCAUAAUUCUUGAACAUAUGCUUUACAUGAUCCAUAGAUGAUGAGUAUUUGUUUGUCACUUAAAAGUAAAAAUUAAAUGAUCAUUUAUUCAUCCUCGUGUCAUUUACAAUUUGUAUGUUUCUUUCAUCUGUGAAACUCAAAUGAAGACAUUUUGAGAAAGUUUGUGUCAUACAGUGGAAGUCAAUGGGGGUCAAUGUUGUUUGGUUUGUGUUCUGCUGAAGUCAUACAGGUUGCAGUGUUUUUAAAAAGCUAUAUAUUUAAUGAGAUCAAUGUGUGACGUUGGCAUUGUUAGUGCCAUGCUCCACCAGAAAGCCAUUUUCAGGUAAAUUUGACAUUUUUUCUCAUUGAAAUAACUGUCAAAAUAUCCCAAAUUACAUUCCAUAUUCGCUUAACACGAGAAAAACUUGAACACUGUUCUUUGGUCGCCCUGCAUGCAUUGGUAUUUCCUUCAACAAAUGCAAAUCUAUUCGUUCCCUGCGAUUUAAACGAUAGUGCAUCAAUAUCACGACAGCCAAGAUGAUUUCCCUCCGUGUAGUUUUACGUCUGUCUAUCAACAGACCCAUUUUUUAAUCGGUCUCCCUCCGAUCGGUCCUGCAUGCAGGUCUUAAUCCCUCAGUUUUGUGCUCUCCUUCUUCUGUGGGGCGGGUCAUGGAGAUCUGAACCUGCACAUUCUUGCGAGGCUGUAUGAGCUUCACAUGGUAACCAGUGAACCGCAUUGUUAGAGAGAGAGAGAGAGAGAUUAUGUCAGCCAUGCAAGUUUUAACGUGAGUUUUCAAAAGAAAAGGAAGAAAGCCCAGAAGUAAGCGAGACACUCGUAGAUCAGCUCUCUCCAGUUCUGCUUUUAGAAGCUAAAUGUUGUUCUUCCGUUCAGACGGGCCUGUUGCGUUUCUUGGCAGACGUUUAAAUAUUAUGAAAAGGUUUAUAGGUGCAAAGUUUAAAGGGUGGAAUUGUGUUUUAAAGGAAUAACCAAAAAUAUAAAUUGGGUUAUUGUUGCUGAUAUUGCCAACAUAUGUAAUGCUCCACAAAGGGAAAAAGCAUUUAACGUAAAUUAAUGUAGUUCAUAUGCACUAAGUUCUAUAUCCUGUAUACAAUUAUAUGUACGUUUUUUAAAGCCAGAUAUCUUUGUGCAAGGAACUUCACAAAGAUGAGGUUUGGAGCUUCAUAAGUUGGGUAGGUAUGAAUAUGGAUGAGUGCUCCAUGAAGAUUCUUGAAAAAUAUUUAUGUCACAGGAGGUGAACUUCAUUAGACUGAACUUUCCCUUUAAGAUUCUGUUGGAAUGUCACUGAAACAGUGUUAGUGUCUGGUGAAGUUUUGUGUGUUUCGUAGUAGUUUGUUGUUGAGUGGUUAUGUCAUUGUGUGAGUAGUACGGGGGGUGAGAGAGUAGGUGUUUGUGUGUGUGUUUAAGUCGUGUAUCUGGUUUCUCCUCCUGAGUCCUGUUUCUCUCAUUCUAUCUCUCAUCACUCCUCCCUUCUAUUUACCUUCCUAAUGAGGGGGGCGGGACCCCAGUGCUGUGAUUGACAGCUCCACACUCCCCUGCUCUCCAUUAUCUUCAUGUCCACACUCACAGUGAGUGUUUGGCUUUUACUCACCGUCAUUUUGUGAUGUCAUCAAGACUGAUUUUUAGAUGUAGAUAUUCAUCACCCUAUGUAGUACUUAAGUUCUACCAAAAAGUUUUAAGAUAUGUAUAAAAUAAAUUAAAUAAAAACUUUUUUUCUGAGUGCACACUUUAGAAAAUGAUUUUUUAAAUCAUAAUAAAAGAAAGGAAACUUAAUUUGGAUUUGCCAUAUGUAAUAACUCACUGUCAUUAAAUAAUUAAUAACAGGCUAUACAUGCACUCGGAAAAAAAAGAGUUGUUAAUUUAAUAUAUGGUUUUUGACCAUAUAAAGUUAGUUAUUUGAAUAAUCUGUCGUGCAUUUUUAAUUUAGCGGUUGAUGUUUAGUAACUGCAUUGCGCAUGUUUUGGUCAGUCCUCCUGAUCUGCGAUCUGAUCUUCUAUUUUUCUAUUUCUAGCCAAUAAUAUGAGUCUGACCAACUCUGAACUGAGAUCAGCCGAAAAGAUUAAAAAGGGGUUGGGUUUUCUCUGCACAGAAUUUGGCAGCGGUCACAAAACCUUAAUACUUUUAUUUUCAAUUGAACAAAAGCUCAGAUCAGUCCUGCACAUAAAUUCCCUGAGCGAUGUUUAACUGUGGCUUAGUUUGUCAAAUGUUGUCACGAGUCCUUUAACAUGGCAUCUCUGCAUAUUGAGUAGACUUAACAAGUUAUGUUAAUGUAUAAAUAUUGUAGUUUCAUAUAACAUAUUGUGCUAUAACAAAAUUUGUACAUUAGUGCCAUUUUUAACUAUUGGUGAAGGAGGUGUCAAAAUGUAAGAAAAUUCCUCAUUACGGAAAACAUUUUCAGUGGUUUAAAAGGCAACUGUUGCCUUUCCUAAAUGUGAGUUGUGUGUAUGUGUGCUAAAAACUUUUGAUCGAUUGACUGAAGUAUUUAAUGUGAAUGCACAACAAAGCAAUCAAAUAUCUUUCUGAGCAGUGAAGUACAGUUUAUUUCGGUUCAAUUAAUAUUUUUAGAGAUACUCAAGAUACUUUGUUUAUCAUGGUAAAAAAUAAUUUACAGUAAUUUAUACCUAACGGUAUAAGUCUUCUAAAAGACUCAAUUCAUAGUUCUUACGUUGGUAAGCCUCUGUAAAAUUAUGUUGUGUAAAAUUCUUUAAAUCUAAUACAAAAAAUGAAUCUAGUGACCGUGAAUAGAAAAUAAUUAGCCUACUCGAUACAAACCUUUUUUAUUUAAAAGAACAAACACUUAAAUCUUCUAAAUGUAACAAUUUUAACAAUACACAGGCCUAUAUUUAUUUUAAGAACAAUAAAACAUGUUAAACUUUAGAUCAUGCGGGAAAAAUAAGGCGCUCGUUCGUGAAUGCAGAACACUUUUAAUAUCAUAUUCGUACAAGAAGUUUACAACAUGUAUUACAAAUUAACAUAAAAUAUAACUAAACCAUGAUAACAAUUUACCAGAAAACACAACAUAGCAGAAUAACAAAUAAGGCUAGUUAAAAUAGUGAAGAAACAGCAGUUUUGGUGUCCCUUCGGUAAUCUCCAUUUAUACAAACCCGGGUGAAAUGGCGCAGGGCCUAAAAGAAUCGCAUGGAAAAGUCUGAUACCUGCGGAUCCACACCCAGACGAACUCCAAAAUCCAGGUGUUAAACGGACCUGCUUCUUUCCUCUUCUCACCGAAGCCCCAACCAUUGCAUGUGAAAGAUAAACCUGUCCUGGCACCCAAAGUCUUUGUCAACUCUGGGGUUUAGAGGGGAUUUUAUGCACCAUCGUUUUAAUAAGCACCGACAAUUUCCAAGAGGCACUACAAUCCGACUGGCAAAAGAGACCAAUCACACACACAGACACACACUCGCUAGGCCGGCUGACCCCGCGGCUUUACGCGUUUAUACUGCUCAGGAAACUUUACUGCAUUUUGGGAUUACACAAAUACCCCCUCGACAAUAGAUUAGUGCCUCUGGAUAUCUUGAUUUUUUACCCGAUCGAUUGCACCGUCUUUAACACCUAGUGGUGUGAGCAAAGUUGUGAAUGGAGUCAGAAAUCCAUGUUUUGUUUUGUGGCUUUAUGACGUAUAAUUGCAGAUGAUCCUUUUCCUUUUGUUUCUAUAAUGUCUUUAGUCAUAUACGUAAUUUUAAAAUAAACAAUAUAUUGUGAAAAGCAUUAUCCUGCCCUUAUUAUCAGUUAUAUUCAAUUAUUUCUCUCUAUUCAGCUAAACGUUAUGUAUUUUAAUUAGCCUGUUUUAGGCUAUUUUACUCCCCCAAAAAGCUAACAAUUGGUGCAAACACGCACGUUUAACUAAGUUUUUCUUUAAUAGGCUUAAUUAAAGUAUAGCCUAUGCCUGACAAAUAAAACUAUAAAAAGGUAAUUUUACAGAGUUCAAGCUAAAGAUAUGCUCAAUGGAAAUACGUUUAAAAUCAGUACAUUUUUAAAACAAAUAUGGGCAAAUGAUAUCUUCGUGUGUUUUAUGGAGUAGCUGCUUUCCAUAAUUGUAUUCUCUUCCGAAUACAUGUUAGUUAACGUUCUGCAUGUUAUAAAUGUUUGGAAAAGAUUUGAUGACUAAAACGAAACGAAACAUUUUUAUCUGCCAAACGGUAAAUCAAUUUAACAAUUCGAUUAUCAUUAAUGUGUGUUUACUUUCCCGCAGUGCUGUGCUAACGAAAUGCUCGUAUAAAAGUGUAUUCAAAUAGUUUACUCUCCAAAAGAUUCACACGUUCACACUCCAGGUCAAUAUUGCGUCACAUUAAAAAGGCGGAGUUAAUGAGCACGGCGUCGUUUUGAUUGGCUAGACCAGUCGUCUGUAAUGACAAGCGAGACCUCUGAUUGGCCGUGGUGGGCGGUUCCGCAGGUGUCUUUUGCUCUUAGACGGACAGGGCAUCAAGAAGGUGAUCAAUCUCAAUCCGUCAACAUUGGCCAUCACUUUAGCGUAACGUGUGGAUACCAACGUUGAUGUAGUGACGCUCUUUGGGCACCGAAAUUUGAUUGACAAAGGAGUUUGUGCUGAUUUUUGGAACUAGUUCUGAAGUUUGCGGCUAAUUCAUUUCCUACAACAGCGGACAUAAGUUCUAAACUGGAUCAAGGCUCAUCAAAAAAGUGAUUCUUGCUCCUGUGGAUUUUCUGUAAGGACCUAAAAAAACGAACAAAGCUGAAGACCAACGAAAACAAGGUGUCUUUCUGGACAAGAGGCUUCUGAAUUUGUGGCUGGAGCGCCAUUGUCUCGCUACGAUGAUGUCAUACCUCAAACAGGCCCCGUAUGCCAUGAACGGGCUGGGGCUCAGCGGGGCCACCAUAGACCUCCUCCAUCCUUCUGUGGGAUACCCGACUAAUCCCCGCAAACAGAGACGAGAGAGAACCACCUAUACUCGCACUCAAUUGGAUAUAUUGGAGAAUUUGUUUGCUAAGACGAGAUACCCAGAUAUUUUCAUGCGAGAGGAGGUGGCCUUGAAAAUCAAUUUGCCCGAGUCCAGAGUUCAGGUGUGGUUUAAGAACAGAAGGGCAAAGUGUCGGCAGCAACAACAGAGCAACAGCGGUUCCAAGAUCCGUCCGGCGAAGAAGAAGUCCUCUCCUUCCCGCGAGAGCCCGGGGUCAGAGAGCAGCGGCCACUUCACUCCCCCAGCUGUCUCCAUAAACAACUCAUCUUCCUCAUCAUCCUCAGGCUCCAACCCCUCCGGUCUCAGUGGAGUGGGUCUCAUGAGCAGCUCUUCCUCAGGGACAACGCCCGCCUCCUCCAUCUGGAGUCCCGCUCCGGUCUCGCCACUACCAGCUCCGUCUUCCCUCCCCGACAUCUCGCCGCCCGCCAGCGCCUCAUGCAUGCAGAGGGCCAUCUCAGGCUGUGGUGGUAGCACAGGAGUGCCGUCCUAUCCCAUGCCCUACAACCAGGCUCCGAGCUAUGCCCAGGGAUACCCGACCACCAACACUGCCUCUUACUUUGGAGGCAUGGACUGCGGCUCCUAUUUGGCACCCAUGGCGGGCCACCCCCACCACCAUCACCCACAUGCCCAUCACGCACAGCUGAGCACCAUGGCUGGCACAACUUCAGUGUCAGGCCACCACCCGCACCACAUUGGGCACAGCACCGGGCACCCGCACAACCCUCACCAGGGCUACGGCAGCACAGGGUUACCCUUCAGCUCUACAGACUGUCUGGAUUACAAAGAUUACAAAGAACAAGCUGCCGUGGCGUCGUCAUGGAAACUGAACUUCAGCUCGGCGGCGGCAGAUUGCUUGGACUACAAAGACCAGGCGGCCUGGCGUUUUCAGGUCCUGUGAGAACUUUCUUAGUUAAGGACUGGUGAUGUUGUUUCCUAAAGUUUGCUUGUUUGCUUCCCUUCGGACAAAGACCCUCCCUCAACAUUACAGGGUACGUUGGGAACCACAGGGUGUUGAGGACGCCAUCAGGAGGCUUUCUUUGCCAAAUACUUCCACCUUUAUGGGGAAAGACUCAGAAGAGCUACUGUGACAAGAGUUUGGCCCCUAAUAAAAGUUUCUGUCAAAAGUAAUUAAAAACUGAUAUUGCUUAAAAAUGUUCAUCACCCUACGUGGACAGAUUCAAAAUGUAUGCUGAAAUACAUUUCUUAAGUGUACUCUCACAAAUAAGGGCCAUUUCCAUGCACUCCUCGCAUGAUGCACUGAAUAAAUGACACUGGAGACUCUUGGGGUUUCAACAAUGAAGGCAAUAAUAAUUUUAUAUACGUUUUGUUUUUCAG